GGCGUUGUGCAGAAAGGGUAAGAGCUAGUUUGUGAUGAUGAGACAGAUUGUGUAGAAAGGAACAAUGUUGACGUAUUCGCUGUGUGUACGUUGUAAUCAGCUAGAUAGUCUAUUCGAUCAGGCCGUGUUACUAAUUGAAAGCAAAGCUGCAGUGAUAUGUAAAGAAGACCAUUGAAAACAUGGAGACUGAGUUGAAUGAUAACAGUUCUCCUAAGAAAAGAAGAAGAGGCAGGCCACGGAAGUGUGAUAAAGUGACCAGUUGUUUAACAUCUUCACAAAACAAUUAUACAACACAAGAAAAUAGUGAUGUAAACAAAGUGCUAGACAUAGAUGCAGAAGGAACAAAAUGUAUGGAUGAAACAGUGAGGCAGACUAGAAGAUCUGGAAGACAAGUAAAAGUUCCAACUAGGUACAACAAUUACGUAGUUGAAAGAGAUAAUACUCCAGAAGAUAUCACAAAGAAUAUAAGUGAAGUGUAUGAAUGUGAUGCUUGUUUCAAGACAUUUCUUUCUAAAUGUAGUAUAUACUGCCACCAGUACACUUGUGUAGCGGAAAAAGAGCUUUCUUGUGAUAUAUGUCAAGAAACGCUUCACUCAUACAAAGAUUUGAGGACACAUAGGAAAACUCACCGUUAUUAUUCUUGUGAUUUUUGUAAGCAGGAGUUUAAGAAUAUUGCUGAGUACCGGGUUCAUAGCAGGUGGCAUUCGUUGCAAACAAUUGAAUGUAACAUCUGUCAUAGGAGAUUUUUAAGGAUGAAGGCACUUAAGGAGCACAUGGUACAGGAACAUGAUCGACCAAUGGAAAUGUACACAUGCCCAAUGUGUCAGAAAACAUUCGCUUUGUUAGAUUAUUUAAAAGAGCAUCAGAAAACACACGAGGGUGAAGAUGGAUAUACAAUGGAGUAUAUUGUGAAGCCACUUGUGAAAGAUACAACUAAACGAAACACUUGUGCUCAAGAUAAGCCUGGUAAAACACAACAAUUUGUUAAGAAAACUCUUGAGCCCCAAGAGAUAAGAAAUAAGGAAAGAGAUAAUGAAGCUGUACCAUUGAACUUAAAUAAACCAAUGGCCUCAUCUGAAAAAAAUGUGAAGAGAGUUAGAAGACCAAUGAAAGCAAGCAGUCAUGUGGUUGUUCAUGUCCAUGUGCAACCAGAUGAGGAAGAGGGGCAAAAGAUUGUCACCACAUGUCAAGAAGAACAGGUUACAGCAGAGAAUACACAGCAGCUUAAGCAGCAACAAGAGACAACUGCAGAGGCCAUAUUUUCACUAAUGGGUGGCCAACUGCCAGAAGGAUGUAUGGUUGUGCUUGCAGAGUCAGAAGAGCCUGUCAAUGAAUUUGAAAGAGAAGCUACUACUGCAGCAAUAGAAUUAAUCCAACAAGAACAACAGAAUGGCAACAUUGCCAGCAGCCAAGAUUUAGCUGAUGGUGGCAACAAGGAAACACCUGCGUUGAUAGAAAGUACUUACAGUUCAGCUAUUGAAGAGGUACAAACUGGUGUUGAGAGCCAACUGGAAGCACAAGGAGAUGAACAAACACAGCAAUUGGUUGUUAAUGAAGAGGUAGUAGACCAAGAACAGAACCAACAAAUACACCAAAGUGGACAAACAGAUCAAAUUAGUAGGACUGAGCAGACUAUGUCACAAAAUGCUCAUGAGAUUUUGGAAGGGAACCAAAUUAUUCUACCUGAUGGACAGACUAUUGUGGUUGAACAAGAGAAUAACUUGGUACCAGGACAAAAAAUUUAUCUACAACAUAUUGAAACAUUUUCAGAUCAAGAACACGGUCAGGUCAGCAGUCAGCAAAUAAUAAUGCAGGGCCAACUUGUUGAGCAGGGUCAUUCAGUAAUAUUAAAUAAUCAAGAGAAUGUCAUAGAUGGUCAACACACAGUGUUGGUCCAAGAAGGGCCUGAUGGUCACCAGCAUACCAUGUUUGUCCAGGAAGGGCCAGGUGGCCACCAUCAGCAUGUGCUUCUUCAGACAGCUGAAGAUUGUGUUGCUAUUGGUAGCAACGAACACCAUGUGAUAGUGCAGGAAGAUGGCGAUAUUGUUAGCAGUAACCAGCAUGUAAUAAUGCAAUCUGGAGAUGGUACUACGCUAUUGUUAGAGGGUGAUUGUUCUGUUGGCGAUAGUAUCAUAGUUGCAGCGAUGCAACAUGUAUAAGAAAUUAGGCUGUUGCAGAUAAUGAGACGCCAUGAAUUUUUUUAAUGCAUAUUCAUGAAGCCUAUCAAAAAUUCUCAUUUAAAUGGCAGUCAUAUGUGAUGUGACCUGUUUUCAUAUAAUUUGUUUGGUUAAGCAAACUUACUAUGCAUCCCCUUUUAAAGCCCCUUAUAAUUUCAAUUGGACAUACAAUUAAAUAAUGUUUUGUUUACCUUAUAUAGCGCAUAUUGCACAUUGUAUCUGUACACAAUAGCUGUAUUCGACUGGUCAUUCUUCCUUAAACCACGCUUAACAAAGACGACCAGUCAAAUAGAAAACUGGUAAAUACUCGACAAAACAAAAUGGCUGCAUAGUUACCACGAUGCACACUGCGUAAUCAAGGUUGCUUCAGCUUGUGGCAGUAUGGGUUUUUCGUAAGAAAAAAAAAAUUCAUCCAGUUUUUGAAUUAUUUUUUGACUUCAUGUGGGUAAAUGUUAUAAUUUUUAUUUUCUGAAAUUUAACCUAAAUUAUGUUAACGCAAACUCUGUUGAUAAACUGACCAAUCAGCCAUGUUUGUUUUGGUCAUGUGGAUAACUUAGCGCUGAUUAACGCACUGUGAUUUACGUUAAUUUUCAUUGUUCAACGAAGUCUAUUUUACAAACUAGUCAAAUUAAAAUAUUACUCAACGGAAAAUCAUAGUCAACGAAAUGAACCAGUCGAAUAAGCCCAAUGUGUUCAUUCACUAACAGAAUAAAAUUUAUGUGCAUUCAAGCCAUGAUCAAUGUGAUGUGAUAAUGGGCUUGAGCAUUUUUAUGGUUUUACCCUUGACAGACAUACACAGUUGAAACUAUAAGAGGGCGUAUUGUCUAUUGUAUUAUAUACUGUAUGCUUACUGAAAUAUACACAUUUCCUGACUGAAUAAUGCAGUCAUGUGAUCAUUAUUGUGUAUAAGAUGAUAAACCCCCAGUAAGAUUAUUCAGAGCAAAGGAAAAAAAAUGGUUUUUGUUUUAAUUUCCAAUGAUACACUGUACUGUAGAAUGAUCGUUUCCUGUGUGUAACAUCUUUGCACUGUAUUGUAUCAUUUAAAUAUUUUUAUAAAUGUGUAAAAUAUAUAAUUAUAUUUUGUUUGUUCAUAUCAUAGGUUUCAUCUUUGAAUUACUUGGCAUGGUCUCAGCUCCAGAGUUUGUGUAGAUAUCCAACAUGCCUUGCAUAUUUAAAGAAAUUUAUUAAUGAAUUUUAUACAAUCUUUUUUUUAAAUUUUAAUUAUCCUGUAUGGAUUAAAACAACACAAAUCACCUUGGUAUAUUAAUCAGUAGCUAAAAUGUUUGAAGAACUAUCAAAUACUAAUAGACAUAUUUGAUUCUUCUGGUGAAAACUGGAUAGAAAAUUGUAUUUUUGUAUGUUUUAUGGAGUAAGCCUGAUGUAAGUAUUCUGCUGCUUGUUUAUGGGAGGAUGGGAAGCUCUCCAAAUUCAACAGAAGUCAGUCAGGGUCCUUGGUAAUAUUAAUGUACAUCUUAGUUCCUAGUGAUUACAUUAUAGUUUGUGGCAUCCAGUCUCAAAACCACUGAAGUACAUACAGCCCAAAUCCUUGCACUUUUUCUUUAGUUCUAAUGAAAA